AGCAAGGAUAUCGUACAAAAGAGUGAGAGAGGCAGUUGUGGAAGAAAAGGGUUUUCGGUGGUCGCUCAGCAAAAAGGACCUGCGAAGCCCUCAGAAGAGCAGUGCGUGCGAACUGCAGCAGUCGUGGCUGUGUGGCCGUCGUCGUGAGAUCCCUGUGUGAUUUGCUGUGUGGUGCCUCGCGUGUGAGAAAGAGUUUCGGAGGAGCAGCAGGAAAAAUCCUUUUUAGACCCACUGGUCGGCACCUUGCGCCCCCGAGCAGGCUUGGAAUGACAGUUCGGACGGCGGGGAAGCGGAUUCCGAUUGCCGACGGUCCGGAACGGAUGGCCAACGGUGCGAAAACCUGCCAGGAUUUUGGGGUCCUCGAGCGCCAGACAAAAUUUCCUUCGGCUCGAUGCUAGUGGAAUAAUUUUUGCAGCAAAGUCCUGCCGUGAGAGAGAGUGCGAGAGAGCUAGGCGCUGCGAAGAGAGACGGAAAAAGGACGAAAACGGAGAGAGAGCCGAAUUUUUAUUUUGCUGGGGAGAGCGAGAGAGAGCAAAACAGCAGUGGCAGAGGACGAAAGUUGGCCAAUUUGGAAACGGGGCAGGAUUUUUGGGUUGUGUUUGUCGAAUGCACUUCCGUGGAACCUGCGAAUCCGGAUUCCGUUUGAAUUAUCAGUAGGGAAGCCCAAGUCCCGGCCGUGCCAACACCAUCAUGAUCGAUGAAAUCCUCGAACGGAUCGUCCAGUUCUUCUCCACCGGGGUUGUGGAAAAGGUCAUCAAGGCGCUGCUGGUGCUGUGCGAUCGCUUCGUGAACUUUAUUCUGUCCCUGUGCGAGGGUAACAACUACAAGAAGAAGGACGAAACGGUGGACGUGCUGUACAGCAGCGGGAACUUCCUGGUCAUCAACAAGAAGCACGACCUGCUGAUAAACUCGAACGACACGAAAAAGACGGUCCAAACGAUCAUGCGGAAGCAGUUCCCGGAGUACGUGCAGGAUAACCUGACGCACGAUUUUUACUUCGCUCACCGGCUGGACUUUGCGACGAGCGGAAUUCUGUGCAUUCCGCUCAACAAGAACGCCUGCAAGGAGGUGUGCCAGGUGUUCGAGGAGCAGCGGGCCCGAAAGUACUACCUGGCACUGCUGCGGGGCCACACGGAUUUUGACGACGAGGUGAUCGACAUCGCCAUCGGUGAGGACAUCCGUUUCAAGGACACCAGCAAGAAGAUGUGCACCAUCCUGGAGGAUGAGCUGUGCCAAAAUCCGCGCCGGAGCAUCACAAAGGUGCUGGUGUUGGACCGGGGCUACUACAACGGCAAGCCGGUCACCAAAGUGCUCUUGCGACCAAUCACGGGCCGGCGGCAUCAGCUACGGCUACACUGCUCCCAGAUUGGCCACGUGAUCGUCGGCGAUUACACGUACAGCCUGAAGAUCGACACGUCCCCGCCGCGGAUGUUCCUGCACGCGUUCCGGCUCGUGCUGCCCAACUCGUUCGAGAACAUCGACAUCCAAACGGACGACCCGUUCACGGAGAAGGCCCUCAAGUACAAGUGGAAGGUGGUCGAGCAGGUGAACGCCAUUGGGACCGCGUUCGAUCUGAUAGAUUCUUUUUAACAUUUGUGGGAACCAUGUAGUUACCCGCGUAGAACUCGCACGUUUACGUUUCGGUUGGAGCAGUUUCGUCGGCGGUUAAAUGUAAAUAUCCGAUCGUUCUCGCGAAUCUAUUCGCUUUAGGUUCGACUCUCUCAUUUUCUGCGAUCCUUGCGGCUUUAUCGAGGCCGGAGUAACACACAAACACACAAUGGAACACUGAAACACGGACAUACAAACACAGCGCGAUUUACACCCACAUGUCACAUACCUGGUAACACAGACACACACACAUACUCACUCACACAAUCUAGUCAUUUUAGCGACGAUUAGGUGACGAAAAUACAAAAAAAAAACACCCGAUUUCCCACAUUUUUGUGGGAUACGAGAGACUGUAAAUAUAAUAUAGUCUAGUACUACACGGACACUAAAUGAGUAAAUGAGAAUGAACCAGAAUGAAAAACAAGUAAUCUAAAUUAACGAAGGAAAAAAAACCCAAAAGCAAACCACGUUCAGCCACAUUCACACUAAUGAGAUUCUUAUAACUAGUUACACAUUUGAUCUUAUUAUUAGUUGAAGUUUAGAAAUAUUUACUAAAUACCAACCAAAAAGGCCAGAUAAUUUACAUAAAAAAGGGAAGCGUGAAUCCGUAGUUGAUACCGAUUAAACUAGAUACAAGAAUAGAUAGUGAUUUACUACUUAAAAUGAAUUCCAGUUGAGGGUGUUGAUUUGCGAUGGUCACGAAAAAAAUAUUCAGAACAUGUAGAAAAGCUGCAUAAUUAGUACACAUUUUUUUGAGCGCAAUGAUUUGGUAAAAAUACAUUUCUAGAGUUUUUCUUUUUUUUUUUUGUUGAAAAGGUACUAUAAGCAAAUCAUAUGUUUAAAAAAAAUCAAUGCAUCAACAUUAACGACCUCCAGGUUAUAUGUGGUCUCUAUUGCAAGUUUCUGCUCAAACCUAGUCCUUGUGAGUCCAACCGCCACCAGCGAUUCCACCGAAGCAGGCUUGGCUGGGUGUGUUGUUUGCAUUUAUAGCAGGGAGACGAAGCCUGUCAAUCUUAAAAUUGGAUGUGUGUCAUUGCACCAUCCAAAACAUUAAAGCGGCCAGACUAAGUUAAGUUUACCACAUAGAUGAUUCUUUGAAUUGGGUUGAGCUUGAGUUUGGCUUUAUUUAAUUUUAUUUAUGAUUAACGUUUUUUAGGUUUAGUUCAUUAGAAUUGCACAACGGCUCAAAUAUGUAAAGUUUCUAGUUUCACUAUUAUUUUUAGUUGUUUGGUGUUGAAUAAAAUUAUGUGGCUACAAAUUUCCCAACUAAAUCGUAAAAUCAGCGCCCUCUAGCCAGAGCACGCAGCGAAAAAGUCAUUCCGAUAAAAAGAAAAAAAAAGUUGAACAGAAAUCACCUUUAAUACGCGCCGCCAACCAUAAAGAAUUAAAACAGCCGAAUUAACACAGAGUACAGAGAAUAGAAAGAAUAAACAAAUUUCAUUUUUCGCGCGAAAGCAUUAUAGUACGAAUUUUUGCACCUCUCUUUUGAAUAGUGCGCGAAAGAAAAAAAAAAUCUCAUUAGUCUAGAUUUAAAAAUAAACCUAAGUAAUAAUCGCGCGCGCAGCAACAGCAGCAGAAAAGGAGGAGUAAGAGAGAAAAAAAAAACAAACUAAAACUACAAUCGCAGAUAAUAUCGCCCAGCACUACUUUUGAUACGAAAAAUCGUGAGAAAAUUGCGCCCCACCAGGGAGGGCCGACAAAAAAGAAAAAAAAGUAUAAUGUAAAGAAAAUUCCAGUCUAUAGUCAGAGCUAUUCUUUUCCACUUGUAAAAUUUCCUUCAAACAGGCGGCUUAUACGAAAAACAGGGGAAGCACACAUGGUUCUCUACGUUACAUAUAUGAAAUGUUAUCUUUAAACUGUUCUACUUAUCGGUUAUUGUGUUCCAAAAAAAGUUUCUAACUUAAAGACAUAUCGAGAGAGAAGAUUUUAAAAAAUUGCUGAAUUUUGAAUGUAAUCGACUGUUACUGUUAAAAAUUUGUCAAAUUGUUAAUUUCGAUCAGCCAGCAAAAAUAAAAGUUUCCUAGCUAGCAAACAAGUUGAACAGCUGUUCUUAUAAUCUUCGUUAAACCGAAAAAAGUUACACAGUGGUUGCUACAACUGCAUAGCAACAAGUUUGUUACUUGAGUUGAUAAGUAGGUUUUAAAACUUGUUUCUCGAUAUGACUUAAGAAACGACUGUUUUGCUGAUAUUUUGUUCUCCAGCAAGUUAUAAGUAAAAAUGAUUCACUUAACAAUAGAUCAGUCAAUUUGAUAAAGAUGUCAACAGCUUUAAUCCAACUUGUUAGUUUGUUUUUUGAGCAGUUUUUCUAUAAAUUGAAUUAGGCUUGAUCCGCAAUACUGCCGCUAAGUAUGAGAGCUUGAAUAAUAUAAAACAUGUACUAGACGAGGGUAAAUACUAUUUUGGAUUCUUCCGUUUUGGGGCGAAACAACGACUUUUAACGGGAGGAUCGGUGACAACGGUUUACUGUUAAAUCAUGUUCUUACCAAAACAAAAACUGACCGAUGUUCGUGUAUUCUUUGCCACACUGCCAUCUUAAUUCUUCUUUUUACAAGAAUCUUGAAACGUCAAACGCGAGGGAAAUCUCAGGAAUGUUAAGUUUUUCUUGGGACAGAAUCGAAAGCGGCAGUUUCGGGUUAGCUAGAGCAGUUAAAAUCGUUACGGAAUUUAGUUUCUCUCUAAAUUUGCACCGCGUUUGGUUCGGUUCAAUGUGUUUUGCGGUGGUUUUGCGUUUCACACAGUCACAUGAGACUAUUAAUUGUUACUCUCCAACAAUACACGUACAUUUCAGAGACACACACACACUAACACAAUCUCAUCCUCACACAAACAGACCGAAAAAAAAACAUUUGUUAAAUGGAACCAAUCUUUUAGCCUGUGUGGCACACCGAGUACGACGCGAUACGCCGGUGUGGUGCAAACAGGAAAAAAAAACAAUAGAGUAAUCGUUACAAACCAACAAACAAUUGUACGUAAAGAUUGUAUAAAACAAGAAAAUCAAGCAGCGUUUUAUUUAAAUAUUAUUGAAUGAGACAGGAAAUAAAAUAUUGCUUUUUUGAAAUCAUUGAAAAA